AUGAAGGAUCUUAUUGAAAAAUAUACACUCUGUGAUCUUGAUGUUCUAUCCCAGGUUUGGCUACUUCGUGAGUUGUUUUCUGAAGCAACAAUUAUAGAUUAUGAUAUGAAGAACUAUGUAUAUAAAUUUUGGUGUAUUUAUUCAAUACAAAGUGGUGAUGCUGCAAAGCUCUUUGAACAUUUUGAAAAAGAAUAUGCAAAAGAUCCUGAUUGGUAUGUUCAACCAUUAAUUGACAUGGAAACGAAUAGAUUACAAGCAGUAACUAAUGCCUAUAAUUUGCCAUUAAGCAUUUUUGCUGUUGUUGAUAACAAUUUUAAGUCGAGAAUUGUUGCACAGGCUAUAUUGCCUGAUGAAACAAGUGAAAGUUAUGGAUGGGUUUUACAGCAAACAAUCAAAGCUACAGGAGUUCAACCUGGUGCCUUUAUAAUUGAUGCUAACUCAGGUCUUGAGAGUGUUGUUCUUGAGAUAUACCCUAAUAACCUACCUUCUUCACUGUAUUUGGCAUAUCAGACGUAA